AUGGCACAGUUUCUUAAUAGUUCAUCUGUUGAUCAUGAAGGGUCAAGAGCGACGAUGCGAACUCCUGACUACAAGCUGUCACCAUUGAAACUUCUCGAUGUCAGUAUUAACGAAUCUAGGCAAGCAUCUGAAAAUUCUCAAGAGAUACCAUUCGAUCGUAAUGAGUGGCUGGUAGUCGAACCGCUUUCAGGUAGACAACGUCCGCCUCGACAAAAUGAAUUCCUACAGCGUCUUCUCAACAAUCCACGGUACUCUUCCUAUAUCACUUGGAUAGAUCAGUCCACUGGUUUAUUUACAAUUCUAUUGCCAAAUGAAGUGGCUAGGCUAUGGCAAAAAGUGAAACAUCGACAAACUAGUAAAGAAAUGAACUACGAUAAGUUUUCCCGAGGCUUGCGAUCGAAUUAUCAUAAAGGAUUGAUGGAGAAAACGUAUAAGAAAUAUACAUUUCGCUUUGUCCAACCAACAAAUCAAGAAACUGACAUGUAA